CCUUACUUCAAUACUUAACAUUCAUCUCCCCAUACAAAUUACGCACCUCAGUGAGGAACCAGACAGUGUUUGAAAUUUUUUUCCUCUGUUUAAAGAAAAAAAUACAUCUAUAAUUUUCAUCUUUUUGGUUUUAAGGACUAACCAAGUAUUAAUUAAUAAUGGCUCCAACUACUACUAAAGCUUCUGCUGCUAAGAAGGCCGCUUUAAAAGGUACUAACUCCAAGAAGGCUUUAAAGGUUAGAACUUCUACCUCCUUCAGAUUACCAAAGACCUUAAAAUUAACCAGAGCUCCAAAAUACGCCAGAAAAUCCGUUCCACACUACAACAGAUUAGAUGCCUACAAGGUUAUCGUUGCUCCAAUUGCUUCUGAAACCGCUAUCAAGAAGGUUGAAGAUGGUAACAUUUUAGUUUUCCAAGUUGACUUAAAGGCCAACAAGCACCAAAUCAAAUCUGCCGUUAAGGAAUUAUACGAAGUUGAUGUCGAAUACGUUAACACUUUAAUCAGACCAAACGGUACCAAGAAGGCUUACAUCAGAUUAACUGCUGACCACGAUGCUUUAGAUGUUGCCAACAGAAUUGGUUAUAUUUAAAUUAUAUUUCAUCAUUAGUCACAUUUUUAUUUGUAUUUUAUUAUAAAAUAUUAAACUCCUUAUAUUUCCAUAGUGGUUGUAUGAUGUUAUAACUCUUUUGCGAAUUCAUUUAUACAUACGACAAAUGAGUAAUAUUCAUCGAUGUUACCAUUAUUGUUUCGUGGAGUUUAAAAUGGGAAAUAAUUUCUUUAUAUACAUAAUUCUUACGCUCUUCAAAACAUCAUAAUAAAUUAAAAACUUGAUAAAAA